AUGAACGUGAGUGCUCGUUCGAACGUACUGACGCUCGCUCGCGACUUGACGACAGUCAAAUCGCUCGCACAAACCCAACAAGUAUCGCAGAACGCUGCAUCCCUCCGCCCACAUUCGCCCUUCAUUCAACCGCACAAUCGAAAGCUCCGCUCAAGUCAGACUCGCUUCCUCUACCUGCUCACCAUGGACAACGUUUCUAUCUCUGCUACCUAUUCCUCUUCGACUUCAGAUCUCGGUGGUGGAACAGAUGCUGUGAACAAAUACGAGGACGUUGCGUAUGACGCCUACAUGCAAGGCCGUCAAGCGUACAUCGACCACUUCUUUCCGCCCAGCUACGCCUCACACAGCUCUUCCAACGCCUUGUCCGCUGCUAUUCCUUUUUCGACCAUGGCUCCUACCACUGCUAUCCCGAAUGUCGAGUUCCAGCCGUCGCCGAUUGUCAUCAACAACAACUGCACGACGAAUAUCAUCCAUUCGAACAACACUACCUAUCGCAACAACAACAACUCGCACCACAACAAUCGUAGCUGA